GUCGAGAAGAUGCUGCCGCUCGGCAGGGACGAGUGGGAACGCCUCGCUAUGAUGUACAACGCCAACAGGCCUCGAGGCUCGCCCGAGCGAGACUUCGAGAGCUUACGGCGUAAGUGCAAGGUGCUUCACAGCACCCGGAAGCCGACCGGCGUGCAGGAGAUUCCCCCGCUCAUCAAGAAAGUCAAGGAGGUCAAGCGUGCCAUCGACGACAAGGCCAACGUCGUGGAGAUGGACGACGAGGCUGACAACGACCAGUCCGAC